CCACUGCCUGCUGCCCGCUACCCCGGCACAGGUGUAGCUGCCUUAUCUCCACGUGGACAGACGGCUCGGGGCCCCUCGGACCACAGCUCGUGCUGCCACGCGGCCGUCCUCGGCUGGGCCGGGCGGGGGCCAAGGCCGGGCAGGACGGAGAAGAGCAGGCCGGGAGCCCGGCUGGUGGCUAGAAAAGGCUUUUCCCACGUCCACCAGGAUUUCCCCCCACUGCCUCUGGGCGCGAUGCUCCGCUGGAUGCGUGGCUCCCUGCUGAACGCCCAGAGCGAUGAUGAAGACGAAGACCAAGAGUCCAACUGCCGCUAUGAAAACCUCUUCCGACAGCUGGACCGCGACGGGAAUGGCAAGGUGGACAUCAUCGAGCUGCAGGAAGGUCUCAGGAAGUUGGGCAUCUCUGUGGGCAAAGACGUGCAGGAGAUGAGUCGAGAGGAGCAGGAUCUUUUGAAGGCUGGUGAUACUGACCAGGAUGACCAGCUAGAUUUUGAAGAAUUUAUGCAAUAUCUUAAAGACCAUGAGAAAAAAAUGAAGUUGGCAUUUAAAAGUCUGGACAGAAGUCAAGAUGGAGUAAUUGAAGCCUCAGAAAUUAUCCAGUCUCUCAAGAUACUAGGUGUAGAUAUUACUCAACAACAGGCAGAGAAAAUUCUUCAAAGCAUCGAUACUGAUGGGACCAUGACAGUGGACUGGAAUGAAUGGAGAGAUUACUUUUUAUUUAAUCCAGUGACAAAUGUUGAAGAAAUUGUACGAUUCUGGAAACGCUCUACUGGGAUCGACAUAGGGGAUGCUUUAACUAUUCCGGAUGACUUCACAGAAGAAGAAAGAAAAUCUGGGGUGUGGUGGAAGAGUCUGUUGUCAGAUGGAGUAGCUGGUGCAGUCUCUAGAAUCUGCACAGCACCAUUUGAUCGUCUGAAAAUCAUCAUGCAGAUCCAGAAUGUACAGUCAAAGCAUAUUCACCUUACUGAGGGAUUUAAGCAUAUGAUUAGAGAAGGAGGUAUCCUAUCUCUCUGGAGGGGAAAUAGUAUAAAUAUUUUAAAAAUGGUACCAGAAACAACUAUUAAGGUUUCAGCAUAUGACCAGUAUAAGAAAUUGCUCACUAGUACAGACAGCACCCAAAUUAACAAUAUUGAGAGAUUUGUUUCUGGUUCUUUGGCUGGAGCGACCACACAGACCUUAAUUUACCCCAUGGAGGUUAUAAGGACAAGGAUGGCUCUAGGUAAAACUGGACAAUACUCAGGAAUACUUAAUUGUGCCAUAAAAAUAAUGAAGAAUGAACCCCUUGGAACCUUUUACAAAGGCUAUAUCCCUAACUUUCUGAGCAUCCUUCCUUAUGCUGGUGUAGAUUUAUCUCUCUAUGAGAUUAUGAAGAAUUAUUGGCUAGAUAAUUAUGCCAAAGAUUCAGUAAACCCUGGGACAUCGGUGUUGCUGUUAUGUAGUGCCUCAUCUAACUUUUGUGGUCAAUUAGCCAGCUACCCACUGAACCUAGUGAGAACUCGGAUGCAGGUCCAAGAAGGAGCUCCGCAGCGGAACAUUUUUUAUUUCUUUCAAGAAAUAUUUGCCAAAGAAGGGUUAACCGGCUUCUUCAGGGGUAUCACUCCAAAUUUUGUGAAGUUGAUUCCAGCAGUCACCAUCAGCAGUUUGGUUUUUGAAAAAGCACAAAAAACUUUGGGAGUAACCUAGAAAUGAUAUAUGUGAACUAUUGGCACUGAACAGAAGGGCUUAAAAGCACAAUUCUUGGAUUAACUUUUUCUUUUAAACUGUAAUGGUCCAUGUGAAGAGAUGUAGUAUCUUUAUCCAAGAGGAAGGAGAGGAUCAAAUGGCACAUAGAACAUCUUACUUUAAUUUUGUAUAUGCUGGAAUUUAAAAAUUAAAUCAUAGUUUUGAUGUUAUUUAUAAACUAAAUCCUUAAUAUGUUUAGAAUUCUAUUUGCCUUCCCUAUUGAGAUUUCCAGAAUCCUAACCUGAAGUUUGCAUAUUUGAAUUGAAACACAUUUUAGGAUAAGAUUUAUAGUGGUGAGUAAAUUUAUAAAAGUUUUGGUCUACCAUACCAGUUGAUAUUAAAUGAUUUAUACCUUAACUUUUAAAAGGCAGUAUGUUGAAAUACUUCCUAUAUAAAGUCUUUAAAAACCUCCAUGCUUCAAUGGAUUGUAACAUUUGGGUGUUCUUGUCAAUAGUGUAGAUCACAAGACUAGUAGAGUUUCCUAUCCUGUAUGUCUCUUGACUCUUGUGUCACUCUUGUUAUUUCUCCAUUGGAGGACCCCCUAUAAUAUCAGGGCACUUCCUCUAGAUUUUUUGAUUUUCUAUGGGUUACCAGUAUGGGCUGUCCAUUGUUAUUCCUAUUUUCUUUGCUAAUUAUAUAGCUCCAUUGUUUCUGCAUAGAUCUCUAUUAUUGUUAUAUUUUAGUCUGUUCACACUCAUUGGGCUGUACUCUUAUAGCCAUUGUGUUCUUCAGAGGGUUUGAUAUUCCAUAAUUCACAGCUAAACAUUAUCCUCAGAAGAAUAUUAAUAUUAUAGAGAUAGCCUUUUAUUUCCAGAGUCACUGGAACUGUACUAUAAUUUUCUGAAUGCAAAUGUAUACCAUUUUAUUCCUUAUGAAUUCGUUUUAUUGUCUUUUCAAGAUAAAUGUACUGAUAGGCCAGCUCUAUGGAUUAAUCAGUCAUCCAGCUGCAUAUCAUAAUAUGGACAACAGGCAUUCUUUAUUUAGAAUGUAGAGAAGGUAUUUGAUUGAUGAGGACUAAUGAAACUAAUUCAUUAUCCUUACCAUUUCAAAUUUUUAAAAAUUAGUAGUACCAAAAUGAUAAGUACAAUAUAUUCCUGAAACAAAUUUGACUUAGAAAAGCAGAGCAAUAUAGUGCAUAGAAAGCUGUGUUUUGGAACAACUCUUUCAGGCUGAAAAUCACAGUAAAUUUUUGUUGUUCAGUCAUUCAGUUGUGCCUGACUCCCUGUGACCCCUUUUGGGGU